AUGAAUCAUGAUGAUAGCCGGAAAGGACAGAGUUUUUUGACAAAUGAUCCUUGUCAACCAGAUGAAAAUAGUUUCUACAAAAAUGGUCGAGACAUCGUCGAUGACUGCGCACAAGACGUCGCUGGGCUGUUGUAUGACUGUGGGCCAACAAAAAAGGAUUCUAAAAGUGAAUCAAAACGUAAACGACAAAGGAAAGAACCGGCUGGUGUACAGACACAAAUGUUAGAUGGAACAAUGAAAAUACCCGGAUUGAUCGAACUCGAAUCAACUAUCAAACAACGAGAGAGAUCAUAUAAGAAUUGGCCAAUGGAUGGAGCACCUUGUGUGACGGAAAUGAUUGAUUCGGGCUUUUGUUAUAGUGGUAAUGGUAAAGAAAUCGUUUGCUUUUACUGCGAUUUAACACAUGAUCAUCUUACGGCAUCUGAUAACCCCAUGACUAUUCAUCAAACUUUGUCGCCCAAUUGCCCGUAUGUCGUAUCAAAUUACAAGAAAUACAUUCAGUUAAACAGUAUUCCAGCAACAGCCGAUUCUGACAGUGGUUCAUUGGUGUCACGCGGUUACUAUGGUAUUAUGCAGUGUUCUAUAUCACCUUAUAAGUGUCUGUCGGCUCGCACUGCAUCGUUUCUUAAAUGGCCUGCUGGUGCUUUCCCAAAUGCUAGUGAAGCUGCCAAAGCCGGCUUUUACUAUUCAGAAGAAGACAGCAAAAUUAAAUGUUUUUGUUGUGGAAGUUCGCCUCCAGAAUGGAAUCCAACUCAUGAUCCAACCGCCAACCACCUUCGUUGGUUUCCUGCUUGUACAUAUGCCCAACAGCUAAAUGAUUCUGACCCGGUACGACCAGCACGAUCUCUAAUAGAACCUGAUAGAUCAGUAACCGCUCCUUCACUACCAAAUGAUGAUUACAAUUUUGUGAAAAUAUCCGUACCAAACGUAUAUGAUGAUAAUAAUGGUACCAAUUAUUUUUACGUGUUAAGAUCGCAAAAUCAGAAUAAUGAAUCAAUUCUAUUAGCUGCAUGUUCAAUAAUAAAUGCACCAGAGCACUUGAAAAACGAGCAGUAUCGACAAGCAUUUACUAAACGUUAUUAUGAAAACAAUGUAAAAGAAGAAAGUAAGAAAGAACCUUCUGCCCUGUUCUUUGCAUUAGCAGUGAGAAUGCAAACAACAACAUCUGUGUUACCGCUACAGGGUAGAAUUGUACAGCCAGAAACGAAAAAGUUUAAAAAUCAGGAUGGCGAAAUAGCAGCUGCUUCAAUGCGCAAGCCAUUUAUUUGUGGAUCGUGCCAUGUAGCCAACGACUUCAUGUAUUUAUCAGACCAAAGACAAACAAUUGACAGACAUGUAAAUAAUCUUCUCACGGAAUACAAGGAAAUAACAACGGAAAAACUCGACGAUAUGUGUCCUUUAACAAGAUUAAGUUUGGGAAUACUCGAACGGUAUUAUAUUUCAAUAAAAUCACAUGAGAAAUUUGAAAAGGCAUUUCUUAGGUAUUUAUAUGUGAAAGCAUGUUUAUUCAAAGAAAAUGGACAACUUCCUAUUAGUACUGUUGCGUACAAUAGUGGUUACAUCCUGUAUACAGCACUAACAGAUCCACGAUGUUUAAUUCCAUUACAUCUUGAAUUUAGUUUAUUAAAAGCCAUUUACAAAUGUAUUAUGGAUUUAGAAAUUCCUUUGGAAUCCCGAAAGGUUCCCUCUUCAGCAAAACCCCAAACAGAUCAAGAAGAGUUAUCAUUAUUGUUAUUUAAUGUAAAACAUCCAGUUAGUGGACUGAUAAGUGUCACAACACGAGCUAUGGCAAAGGCGCAACAACUCGUAACAACGGAUCAAGGCGAUCAAUCACUCACAACUCUGCCUGCAUCAUCACUAGAUAGAUCUAACACGAGUAACAUGUUACAGGAUCAUUUCGAUGUUACGACAUUGCAAGAAGAACAAGAUGAAGAUCCGGUGAUUCAACAGAAAGUGACAGAAGUCCGGGCCGAUUCAAACCAACAUCCAUAUAUAUGGGAUGGGAUUUUGUAUAAACUAUUAUCUAGAAAUCGCGGUGGAACAAAAUUAAAAUUAAUUUAUUUAUCAUCGUCAAUGAUCAAGCCUGCUCUUCUGGCUUACCAUGAUCAUCCAACGGCAACACACUUUUCAGCUCAAAGAACGUACCGUAAGAUGAAAUUUAAAUAUUGGUGGCCAGACAUGCAAAGCACAAUCGAAGAUUAUGUAAAUUCAUGUUUGAACCAGUUAAUGACAGCAUUAUCACAAUUACUUGGACACAAUCAUAUUUAUUCAACAACAUAUCACCCACAGACAAAUGGUAUGGUUGAGCGAUUCAAUGCAACAUUCGCCCCGCAAUUAGCCAAACUUCAAAAUCAAGAAUCAAACAAUUGGGACGAAUUCCUUCCUACUGUGGCAUUUGCAUAUAAUACUGGUCAACAUUUCACAACUGGAUGUUCACCAUUUAAACUACGAUAUGGGCAAGAUCCAAAGUUACCACCAGAUCAACCACGGACGAUGAAUAUGUUACAUCAACAACGAUUGGCAAAGCUUCGAUAUGAUACAGGAAGAAAAGAUCCCAAAUAUGAAAUUGGUCAAUUAGUACUAACAAAAGUACAAGGUGUUAGAUCAAAAUUGGAUGAAAAGUAUUCAAAAGUACCAUCCAAGAUCAUUAAUGUUAAACAUCCGGUUUAUUGGGUGGACGAUGUCAACACAAACAAAACAGCAAGAGUACAUGUUAGUGAUUUACAUCAUGAAUUCAUUACGAAAAAUUCUUGGUCUUACGAUCGUAAAAAACAAUUAUUUAAUGAAGACCUACGUCGUAAACAUCCAGCAUUUCGAUUUGCAACAAUUACAUUAACAACACAAAAAGUUGAAAUCGUACCACAAAUUUAUUACCUCAACAACCAGACAACGAAGUCAGCAAUCAAGUACUUGAUUGAAACUAUUAGGGCCUGCAGAAUAACAUCGUUUGUUUUGGACACAGAAGCAGAUCCGUCAACGAAUCCAGCAAAACCUUCAAUGAUUCAAAUUCUUCCAGUGCCAUCGUUUUGUUGUCCAACGGUAGUUAUUUUGGUUGAAGUUCAAUGGUUGCCAACCUUAUCCUCGUCACAUGGACAAUUGAUAAAAAAAUUAUGUGAUAUUAUUUUCCAACGACACCACGAGUUCAUUGCGUGA